CCAAUUCAUUCGAGGCCUCUCAAAUUUUCUUCCUUCUUUCCGUAACCCAUUCUGCCACAAUUCCACCCUGCAUCUUUUUGCAGAGAAAGAAAGAGAGAGAGCGAGAGAUAUGGCUAGCUGCAGCAUGGCGUCAGCUGCUUCAGGGUUCUUGCUGACACCCAAUGUGACAGGCAAUGCAAGCUCAGCUUCUAAGACCAACGUGGCGUUUUUCCCUUCAAAGAACAACAACAACAACAGUAACUGUUCAAGGCUUGUUGUUAGGGCAGCUGAAGAGGCUGCAGCACCAGCUCCAGCUGCCACCGCUGCACCACCUCCUAAGCCUAAGCCAGCGCCAAUUGGACCAAAGAGAGGCGCCAAGGUCAAGAUUCUCAGAAGGGAGUCCUACUGGUACAACAGCUAUGGAUCAGUUGUUACAGUUGACCAGGACCCCAAGACUCGCUACCCAGUUGUGGUUCGAUUCAACAAAGUGAAUUACGCCAAUGUAUCUACCAACAACUACGCAUUGGAUGAGAUUGAAGAAGUUAAAUGAGUCAAUUGUAGCAAUUGUAAUUUUGGUUUUCAUAUUGUCUUCCCAUCUCUAGCUUAAGCUUGCUUGUGCCAAAAACACGUGUAUCAUAUUUAUCAUAUUCUCUCUCUCUCUCUGAUUUUCUUCCG